AUGUCUUACAACUUCUGCCUGCCCAACUUGAGCUUCCGCUCCAGCUGCUCCUCCAGGCCCUGCGUGCCCUCCAGCUGCUGUGGCACCACCCUGCCCGGGGCCUGCAACAUCCCCGCCAAUGUGGGCAGCUGCAACUGGUUCUGCGAGGGCUCCUUCAACGGCAACGAGAAGGAGACCAUGCAGUUCCUGAACGACCGGCUGGCCAGCUACCUGGAGAAGGUGCGGCAGCUGGAGCGGGAGAACGCGGAGCUGGAGAGCCGCAUCCUGGAGCGGAGCCAGCAGCAGGAGCCCCUCGUGUGCCCCAACUACCAGUCCUACUUCCAGACCAUCGAGGAGCUCCAGCAGAAGAUCCUGGCCAACAAGGCAGAGAAUGCCAGGCUGGUGGUGCAGAUCGACAAUGCCAAGCUGGCUGCAGACGACUUCAGGACCAAGUACCAGACGGAGCUGGGCUUGAGGCAGCUGGUGGAGUCAGACAUCAAUGGCCUGCGUAGGAUCCUAGAUGAGCUGACCCUGUGCAAGUCCGACCUGGAGGCCCAGGUGGAGUCCCUGAAGGAGGAGCUGAUCUGCCUCAAGAGCAACCAUGAGCAGGAAGUCAACACCCUGCGGAGCCAGCUGGGAGACCGCCUCAACGUGGAGGUGGACGCCGCCCCCACUGUGGACCUCAACCGCGUGCUCAACGAGACCAGGGCUCAGUAUGAGGCCUUGGUGGAGACCAACCGCAGGGACGUGGAGGAAUGGUACAUCAGGCAGACUGAGGAGCUGAACAAGCAGGUGGUGUCCAGCUCAGAGCAGCUGCAGUCCUGCCAGGCAGAGAUCAUCGAGCUGAGACGCACGGUCAAUGCCCUGGAGGUGGAGCUUCAGGCCCAGCACAACCUGAGAGACUCCCUGGAGAACACCCUGACGGAGACGGAGGCCCGCUACAGCUGCCAGCUGGCCCAGGUGCAGGGCCUGAUUGGCAACGUGGAGUCACAGCUGGCGGAGAUCAGGAGUGACCUGGAGCGGCAGAACCAGGAGUACCAGGUGCUGCUGGACGUGCGGGCCCGGCUGGAGUGUGAGAUCAACACGUACCGGGGGCUGCUGGACAGCGAGGACUGCAAGCUCCCCUGCAACCCAUGUGCCACCACCAACGCUUGUGAAAGGCCCAUCGGGCCCUGCAUCUCCAAUCCUUGUGUCUCACGUGCUCGGUGUGGACCUUGCAACACCUUUGUUCACUAG